UGGAAAGGCCGGUCUUCGCCCCGCGGCUUUUCUGCCCUCAAGGGCGGACUGCUUCGCACCUCUCUCCAGCGUGCGGAGGUUUCCCGUGGACUUCCCGGGUCGCCGUCGGCCCGCAAGAGGCCGGCGCCCGUCUUGGACACCGCUGGCCGCCACCGGACACCCGCAGCGGCCUGGGCGCGCCACGGUGACCCGAGACCCGAACCCGUGGCCGGGCGGGGCCUGGCCAUCCGGCCCCACCCACCCAGGGCCUCGCCUCCCGGAGCCCAAACCCGGGCAGCUGACACACCCCCCUCCCAGCCGGGCCGUCUGCCCCCGCCCUUCCUUUCCUCAGUCUCCUUGAUUUUCUCCCAGUUCUCGGUCUUCCCUGUUUCCGACAUUGCACUACAAAGGGGAUGCAUCCUGGAAAACCACAUUGCGGGGACACUUCUCGUUUGGAGAAGAGGUCGGAUUUUGGGACCUUAGGGUACACGGUCCUUUUUUCAGGGGCCUAGAAUAGAUGUAAUGAAUCAGCCGGGAGUACCCGGUUUCUGCUGACCGUGCCAUUUUUACUGCCCUGCUUUCCCACACUUGCAAGAACAUUAAGCACGGGAGCUCUUGCAGCGAAACGUGACGUUGAACCUGUAGUUGGAGCAUGGCUGCAGCGCUGGACCCUCAGAUCGACGUGCCCCUGGAGGUUGAGGGGUGCCUAAUAAUGAAGAUGGAAAAGGACCCCGAGUGGGCAUCGGAGUCUGUUAUGGCAGGAUCGGGUGGCUCCGAGUCUGAGACCUUUCGCAAAUGCUUCAGGCAACUCUGUUACGAGGAUGUGACCGGACCUCAUGAAGCUUUCAGUAAACUCUGGGAACUUUGCUGCCUGUGGCUGAAGCCAGAAAUGCGUUCCAAGGAGCAGAUGCUCGAGCUGCUGGUGGUUGAGCAGUUUCUCACCAUUUUACCAGAGAAGAUUCAGGCGUGGGCACAGAAGCAGUGUCCGGAAAGCGGAGAGGAAGCAGUGGCCCUGGUGGUACAUUUGGAGAAAGAGACUGGAAGACUAAGGCAGCAGGUCAGCAGUCCUGUGCACUCAGAGACUCAGUCUUCACUUGGAGCAGCAUGGGAGGUGGCAGACUUCCAGCCAGAGCAGGUGGAGACACAGCCCAGGGUGGUGUCCCUGGAAGAAGCUGGAAGCCUCCACUCAGGACACCAGGAACAGCUGAGCCGUAAAAGAGAGCAUCGGCCCUUUCCCAAGAAUGUUCAGCCUCCUCCCUGGGUUGCUGCCUCUGUUGAUGAAUGGAACACCAGAGACCAGGAAGUGACAACCACCCGUCUUCCGGCUGGAUCCCAGGGACCAGUGAAAGAUACCCAUGUGGCAAGGGGUUUCUCCUACAAAAAGCGUGUGCAUCAGAUUCCUGCUCACAGAGACCUCUUCCGGGAGAUCAGGAAGGAGAGUGUUGGGAACGUGGCCUCCUUGGGAAGUUCAGUGUCUACUUCUAGCAAGAUAGCCCGAUUGGAGCAGAGAAAGGAGCCAUGGACUAGAGGUCUUCAUUCCUCUAAUAAGAGGAAUAUCCUCCGAAGCAACUACAUCAAGGAAAAGUCAGUUCAUGCUGUUCAGAUCCCUGCAAGAAAUGCAGGAAAAACGUGGCGAGAGCAGCAACAGUGGGGUUUAGAAGAUGAAAAAAUAGCAGGCGUACAUUGGAGCUAUGAGGAAACUAAGACUUUUCUUGCAAUUCUCAGAGAGUCCCGCUUUUAUGAAACACUUCAGGCUUGUCCCCGAAACAGCCAGGUGUAUGGUGCUGUGGCUGAAUGGUUGCGGGAAUGUGGCUUCCUCCGAACACCAGAACAGUGUCGGACCAAGUUCAAAAGUCUCCAGAAGAGCUAUCGAAAAGUGAGAAAUGGCCACGUUCUCGAACCCUGUGCCUUCUUUGAGGACAUGGAUGCUUUGUUGAAUCCCACAGCCUAUGCUUCAUCCUCUGAUAAGCCAAAGGAGAUGGCCUCUCUCCCCAGACUGAAAAGAAUUUUUAUCAGAAAUAAAGAACAGAUUCGUUUGGUAGAGAAGGAAGAAGCAGCAGAAGAAUCUGAUGGUGAUGAGAUGGGCGUUGAAUUAAUCCGGAAAUCCGAAAUUCGUGGUGCCCCUGUUUUGUUUCAAAACCUGAGUGGUGUGCACUGGGGCUACGAGGAAACCAAGACUUUUCUUGAUAUCCUCCGUGAGACUCGGUUUUAUGAAGCACUUCAAGCCUGUCAUCGGAAGAGCAAAUUGUACGGGGCCGUGGCUGAACAGCUGCGAGAGUGUGGCUUCCUCCGGACACCUGAACAGUGCCGGACCAAGUUCAAAAGCCUACAGAAGAGCUACCGCAAAGUGAAAAAUGGCCAUGUGCUAGAGUCCUGUGCAUUCUACAAGGAGAUGGAUGCCCUAAUUAACUCACGGGUAUCUGCCCCUUCCAGCAACACCCUAAAAGAAGUCCCGUCACCCUCAAGGCAAGAAAGAGGGGAUAUUGAGAUUGAACACCAGGAACCUGUAGGCUGGGAACCUGAGGAGACCUCACAGGAGGCAAUAGUAGAAGAUUCUGGCAGUGAAAGAAUGAGUGAGGAGGAGAUUGAACAAGAGCCAGAAUUCCAGGGAUCUACGGGUCUACUGCAAACCCCAAGUGAUUUUGAAAUUGGAAGUAGCAUCAAAGAGGAUUUAACACAGGCAAUAUAUAAGGACCUGGAACAGCACAGGGCAUUAAUAGAAAAGUCUGAAAGGGUUGUUUCCCAGUAUACUGAUCCAGGUAAAUAUCACAAAAGGGAAUGCAUCUCAGGAAGACAAUGGGAAAACUUUCAAGGAAUUAGACAGGGAAAGCUGGUGUCUCAGCCUAGAGAUUUAGGGAAAGCUGUAAUGCAUCAGAGGCCUUUCAUGGGGAAGAGACCCUAUAGACCUCUCAAAUAUGGAGAAAGCUUUGGCAGGAGUGCUCGUUUUAUGUGCCGGAUGACUCACCAGAAGGAAAAUCCCUAUAAGUGCAGUGUCUGUGGGAAGAGCUUUGGUAGAAGCAGGAGCCUAAUUAGACACCAAAGAAUCCACACAGGAGAAAAACCUUUUAAAUGUUUUGACUGUGGGAAAAGCUUUAAUGACUCCUCAAAUUUUGGUGCCCACCAGAGAAUUCACACAGGAGAGAAGCCCUACAGAUGUGGAGAAUGUGGAAAAUGCUUCAGUCAAAGCUCAAGUCUUAUUAUACAUCAGAGAACCCACACAGGUGAGAAGCCUUAUCAGUGUGGGGAGUGUGGGAAAAGUUUUACCAACAGUUCUCAUUUCAGCACCCACAGGAGAGUCCACACUGGUGAGAAUCCCUACAAAUGUGUAGAUUGUGAAAAAAGUUUCAAUAACUGUACAAGAUUUCGAGAACAUCAGCGAACACACACCGGAGAGAAGCCCUAUGGAUGUGUCCAAUGUGGUAAACGUUUCAAUAAGAGUUCUGUUCUUACCAAACACCGGGAAGUUCAUAUGCGAGAAAAGCUGCCAUACCCUUCAUCCGUGUAUUCCCCAGAGAACACACAUAAGGGAAAGAUUGAUGAGUUCAGGAAAACCUUUUCAUGAUGAUCUCCUCACUUCUGAAAUGUCCCUUUAGCCAUUUUCCCUAAUCUCACUAUUGGAAUCAAUCUUUUCUUAGCUCCGAGGUGUAAUUCCCAAGAUAAACUUGAGAAUAUAAAUAAACUAGACACUUGGAUCCUGUUCUCACCUCUGCCUCUAACUUCAUCAGUCUGCUCCUCUCCAUCUAUGUGUCUCCACUUCUCCUUUAAUAAAGUGGAGAAGUCAUACGGUCUUGAGUUCAGAAUAAAAUUCUCUUCAUAAUGAUGAGGCCACUGCUAUUGGAUUGCUAAUUCUAGCAACAUUCAGGAUCCUUCAGUGUAAGAGUUAUUUCCAAGGAGAUAAAAAGUGCUGAAAGUAUUUUUUAUGAUACACUACAUGAGAUUCUGGGUCCAACUCAAUCACAGAGUUUUAUGUUUGGGUAGAGCUUUCACGAGUCUGAUCAGAACUCUGUCAAGUUCAUCUUGGUUUUGAAGAUACCCACAAAAGAAGAUUGAAGAUUUUGUAGCUUCCUGCAGAUACGUGCUGCAUUGUACCUUUUCUGUGUCAAGAAGUUGAUCCAGAUAGCUAGGGUAGAAUCCCUGUACUGUCAUUGAGAUCAUGUUAUUAAUGCCGUGCCCUCCAUAGAGAUGAGAAGCAACUGGUCACCCACCACCCUUCGUAUACUAACCUUUCCAGUACCUAAAGGUUUAAAUCCCCUCGGCUGUUGCUUCUCCGUGCUAUAAGUAAUCCCAGUUCCUUUUACCUUUUCUCAUAAGUCCUACACUUACCUCUUAAUUGUUUUGGGUGCUUUUAUCUGACUUUCUGAAAUACUGUGCCCAUCUCAGAUUGAAUAGGUUGCAUGCACAUGAUGUGUCUCAUCAGGAUAAAGUAGAAUUGCGUACACGUUCUAGUUCUACCCUGUAUCUUCUCUGGUUCUUACCUAGAACAAGACUGAUAAGUUGGUGUAUUUUAUGCCUCCUACCUCAUACCUCAGUGUAAUAUUAUAUAGUAAUGUUUCUAAGACUAGGGAGGAGAGGGGGAAGGGAGAUAGGACCUGAAACAACUAAGACCGGUUGGACUCCGUAGGCAUCCUUUAGGUCAGAUAGGCACCUCAGUCCAGACCCUCACCUCCAAGACAGUCUGUUAAAUAUACCAGUCUCUGUUUUUGAGCCUUCCAGGUCCUGUUCAUAGGGUCAUAAACCUAACUGUAGAGCACUGAGUAUAUAACUCUAUAGCUCAUUGCGUGAAAGUGAAAAUAUUUCCAGAAACUUCCAAUCCAGAACACUGUUUUUGUUUUCCUCAUUUGCCUGUUUGUGUGAAAAUCUCUUUGAUAACCCCAUGGUGCUAUCCCAGUAAAUAUUGAAGGAAGGGUUCAGAUGGUGAGAUAGUUAAUUCCUUUAUGUAAGUUACAGGUGAAACCUGGGAAUUUGGUCAUCCCAGUCUGGUUGCUUCAAGGUGAGGCCAGUGGCAUUUAUGCCUUGAAUGAGUAGGUAAGCUAGACAGACUUUGGGGAGAAAAACACCGUAAGUUUAGUAGAAAGAUAACCAGAGUCAGGGCUGUAUGUAGAUUAUUCUCUUGAUCUUCCUUUGUCAAAUACUUCUUACCUUAAGAUACCUGGAGACUUCAUGUCUCUCUUGAGUAGGUUGGGAUCUUUAUAAACCUGUUCAACAUAGUACCAAGGAAGGUGGGCACUGUGGAAAGAAAUCAAACUUCUGGUGCCAGGAUAGGGUGUGGCCUGUUGGAAUGCAGGUGACUCAGGUAAAUAUAGAUGAAUGUUUCUGAUUUAUGUUUGUUGGGACUGUUAUGAUUGCUCACGUCUGAAUAGGUUGAUUUCCUCUAUGUGUCUAAAUUAUAGACUUCUAAUAGUAUUUUUUUUUUUUUUUUUAAUAGUAAGUGCAGCUUCAUGUUGGUAGUGUACCUAGCACAGUAAGAUGUGUGUGGUGCCUGUGGGCUUGUGCUUAUAUUGUGUAGACUUUCUGGAAUUCCAACUCUAGAGAAGAUGUACGUUAGUAGAAAUCAUCACUUAGUAAUAUGUACACAGGAUUGUUAAAUAUAUAGAAGCAUGGUUCACAAAAGUAGAUGAUUUAUUCAUGUUGUUGUUGUUAGGUGCUAUCCAGUUUGUUCUGACCCAUAGCGAGCCCAUGUACAACAGAACGAAACACUGCCCGAUCCUGUUCCAUCCUCACAAUUGUUGCUAUGUUAAAGCCAUUGUUGCAGCCACUGUGUCAGUCCACCUUGUUGAGGAUCUUCUUAUCUGACCUAGCAUAAAUGUCAUUCUCCAUAAAUAUUUAUUAAAAUUUAUUAAGCACUGUUAUAUGUAAGGCCAUCCAAUGUGUUCAGUGAUACAGAAAUGAAAAAGAGGACAUGGUGCCUGGACUCAAGGAAGUUACAAUAUAUAGAGGAAGUGAUUGUAGUAAAAAGUAAUGCCAGUUACAUCCAUGUCAGUUACAGGAAGUCAGUACUUCAAUCAUGAGAAAAUCACCUUCACUUGCAAAAGAGUUUCUCUGAAUUGCCUAAAAUUGCAUUGUGUACCUGUCUCUCAUACCCCUAGUGACAGGAAAGGUUCAAGGUCUAUUCCAUGUCCAGUGGAAUCAGUAUUCUAUUUAACUCUCAUAUGACUAGGAUCAAGCUGAGGUGGAACUGGGUUCACUAUUUGUAUUCCUGUCUGCCAGAUUUCUUGACAGUUCUUGAAGUUGUCAGGGAUUUCGUUUUACUUGGAUCCACAGUCAGUGCCCAUGGAGGCAGCAGUCAAGAAAUCAAACGAGGCGAGCAGAUCUGCUGCAAAAGAUGUUUUUAAAGUAUUAAAAAGCAAAAAUGUCCCUUUGAGGACUAAGGUUCAUCUGACCCAAGCCAUGGUAUUUUCAGUCACUUCAUAUGCAUUUGAAAGCUGAACAACGAAUAAGGAAGACUGAAGAAGAAUUGAUGCCUUUGAAUUAUGGUGUUGCAAAGAAUAUCGAAUAUAUCACGGACUGCCAGAAGAAUGAACAAAUCUGUCUUGGAGGAAGUGCAGCCAGAAUGCUCCUUAGAGGGGAGGAUGGUGAGACUUAGUCUUAUGUACUUUGGACAUGUUACCAGGAGGGACCAGUCCCUGGAGAAGGACAUCAUGCAUGAUAGAGGGUCAGUGAAAAAGAGGAAGACCCUUAACGAGAUGGAUCGACACAGUGGCUGCAACAGUAGGCUCAAACAUAGCAGUGAUUGUGAGAAUGGCUCAGGACCAGGCGGUGUUUCAUUCUGUUGUACCCAGGGUCACUGUGAGUCAGAACUGAUCCGAUGGCACCUAACAGCAGCAGCAUUUGUACUCCUAAUUGUAAAUGGGCUGUUUGGACAUGUAUUAAAGUGACUUAAUGAAGUUUGUCUCUGUUUAGAAGUAGAAGGUUCUACCCACCUUCUUAGACCAAAGCUACAUGUCUCCCUGCAGUCAAUAUGAAUAAUCAUAUUAUAUGAUUAAUGUGUCUUUUAUAUCACAUAAGGUCCCUGGGUGGCACAAAUGGUGCUUGACUACUGACCAAAAGGUUGGCAGUUUGAAUCCACCCAUAUGUGCUUCGGUAAGAUGAAACCCAUCGCCAAUGAGUCAGUUACGGCUCAUAAUGACCCUAUAACCACUGAAAACCCUAUGGAGCACAGCUCUACUCUGAAAUACAUGGAGUCACCAUGAAUUGGAACUGACUCAGCAGCAACAGGUUAGGGUUUUUGGGGUUUUUUGUUUGUUUUUGGUACAUCACGUAACAUUACCUUUACGAAGAUCUGUAAGAAAAGGUUUUUUUCUUGUUGUUAGUUUGUUCCCCGCUUCUCCCUCCCAGAUCUUAGUACCAGGGAAAGCUCUGUUUCAUUUUUUUUUAAAGUUUGUGUCUUAAAAACACUGUGAUUUUUUUAAUAACCUACUGCUUUUCUGUGUCCUGUCUGCUGGAAAGCUCAACAAAACCUAAAGCACGCCUCAACCAACUACCUAAAACCUUUAUUAAUUUUAUCUUAUUUCUUUAGAAAUUGCUUCAAAUCCUAUUUUUGAAAAGAGGUAUAAAUAAAUAGACACUCUAUAUCCUGACUUACCCAAAGCACUUUGGAAACUAGGUUUGUAUUUCCUGCCUGGGCUUGCUUUUUUACUCGCAUCAUACCUCCAAUUCUUACUGAUGAUUUUAUUUCAGUUACAACCUAAUUCAUUCAUCUGGGAGGAGACCUUAGUUUUUUAAAAAAAGGAAAAUUUCAUACAUAAACAGCCAAAGGCAGCCUGCUAUGGUGAAAUGAACAUUAGACCAGAAGCCAAGAGAGGCAUGUUCUAGUCUUGUCACUACCACUUAUUGAGUGGUGUUUGACAAAUUAGAGCCUCUCUCUAGGCCUUAGCUCCUCUUCUGAAGAUAAGUUGAACUUGAUUGUCAAGACUGCUUGGGCUGUAGUAUUUCAUGAGGCUAUGGAUGCAUGGUAUAGAUGAAGAAGAGGUUAAGACCAGGCUAUCUGGCCUGGCUCACCCUUGCGUGUGGCAUCCAGGCCAUACUGAACCAAUCUCAUACUUUAGGAAGAGGGAUAUUGUGACAGCAAAGUCAGUCCAGGAGUAAGUAGAACAGACAAAUCAUUCAUGUUCAACAGCACGCACCCCCCAAGACACCUCAAUAGCCAAUGCAGGUAGCUUCAGUAAAGAAAGAUUAUUUUGUGAGGUCUGGUGCCCAGUGACAAAACUAUGAGGGAGCUGGGGAAGUCCCAAAUGGAAGGCAUGUCUGGUUAACUUGUGUAGGUAUAAACUUUUGCCUCUGUCUGGAUGCAUUCCAAGACCAAGUAUAAAUGUAUGUCUUAUUUGUUUUGUAUUAAUGUUGACUAGAUGUCUUGAAAACUCGUAUGUGAAAUAAAUGUCUGAAAUAAAUGACUUCCCGUUGAUUUCUGCCAUAAUUUGAAGAUGUCUUUCUAUUAAGGGAAAAGAAAUCCAAGAGGUUAAUAAAAACUGAUCCUGGUAUGUAGC